GGAAACGUGUUGGAGAGGAGUUAUUGAUGGAUGUUUGUGGAUGUGAUUGAUUAUUAUUAUCGCUGGAGUUGGAAACGAGUUCUUCCCACUUUGAGAUUAUAUGGAAACCAGCUAUGCAGCAGCACCACCCCACUGCCUUUUCUCAUUAUUUUCCACUUCAAUUUUGACUUUCUCCACACAUUUGCUAUCUCAUUGUUCAUUAUGCUUUUGUUUUUUCUUUUCUGCUAAAAAAAAAAGAGUUUCGUCUUGUUAGUUGAAGAAACAACAAGUCAAAUUUGGCACACUAAUCUCUAUUUCUUAAAACAUUUUUUAAUCUGCACUAAUUGAUUUCUUCAGUUUUGAUUAAUUUGGAACUGUGGAUCACAUUUAAGUAUUGUAGUGCCCCUUAGCAUGUCACGUUCCAAUUCCAUGCAAUUAAUUGAUAAGUAGUAUCUCUUUACGUAUUAAUUAAGUAAGAUAAUAGCACCAUAGUGAUAGUUGGUGAGUUUAUGCAUGGUGCAUUUCCAUUUCCUCCAAUCGUUAUAAUACAUGUUAGUUAGUCAAGUGAUUAAUAUUUAAGAAGUAGAAUUAGUGCCCAUAAUCGUUUUGGUUAAAGCAAAAUAUAUGAGCACAUGUGGCGGUCCAAUCAAGUUUUCCUAUGCCAUGCAUCUCCAUGCGCACUACCUCUGUGACUAUAUAUAUCCAUGCAUAUGAGCAGCCAUUAAUAUUAUCUUGGGAAAAUGGCGACUCUUAAUCUGUUGUUUGGGGUUAUAAUCCUAAUAAAGUAUAUGAUUGUAAAUGGUUGGGUGUAUGGGAUGGCAAACGGGUUGAGCCCCAACUACUACAUCAUGGCUUGCCCAAUUGCUGAUAUUAUCAUAAGGAAUGCUGUCAACACAGCUGUGCAGUCUGAUCCCACUUUAGCUGCUGGUCUUCUUAGGAUGCAUUUCCAUGACUGCUUUGUGGAGGGGUGUGAUGGAUCCGUGCUGAUAGACUCAACCAAGAGCAACACGGCGGAGAAGGACUCGCCGGCGAAUUUAAGCUUGAGAGGCUAUGAAAUCAUUGAUGCUGCUAAACAAGCAUUGGAGAGGCAGUGCCCUGGAGUUGUUUCCUGUGCUGAUAUUCUUGCCAUGGCUGCAAGAGAUGCUGUUUUCUUCGCUGGUGGUCCAUUUUAUGAGAUUCCUAAAGGGAGAAGAGAUGGGAGGAGAUCAAAGAUAGAAGACACCAUUAACCUGCCCCCACCAACCUUAAACAGUUCGGAGCUCAUCAGGAUGUUUGGGCAGCGUGGCUUCACUGCCCAGGACAUGGUGGCCUUAUCCGGGGCGCACACGCUGGGCGUGGCGAGAUGCUCGUCUUUCAAGUCCCGGCUCUCUAACUUCGACUCCACCAGCGACGUGGACCCCAGUAUCGACACCCAGUUCGCCAAGACCCUGUCCAAGACGUGCAGCGCGGGGGACAAUGCAGAGCAGCCCUUUGAUUCGUCCAGAAACAGGUUCGACACUGCAUACUUCAACGCGCUGCAGACAAGGGCCGGGGUCCUCUUCUCCGACCAGACGCUGUUUGAUGGCGCUGCAACUCGAGGAUUCGUCAAUGCAUAUUCCUUCAACCCAGCCAUGUUUUUCAUGGACUUCCAGCGAGCCAUGCUUAAAAUGGGACAGUUAGAUGUCAAGGAAGGUUCCAAGGGAGAGGUCAGAAGUAACUGUCGCCUCAUCAAUUGAAUUCAAUUCAAUUCCAUAUAUAACUGCUAGCUGCUCAUCUGUAUAAUCAAACCAAAUAUAUAUAUAUAUAUCUUCUUUGUAGUGGAAUACUAUCUAUAUGUGACUAUGUUCAAAGUAAUGCAAUAAAUAGUAUCUUUAGUGAAGAAA